AUGUGACGAUUUAUACACGUUUGAAUUCCCAAUGAACUGACGUGUAUUUCCUGCACAUCAGUGAUGGUUAUCAUCACCAUUUGUCACCGGUGAAGUUAUUCCCCAGUAAUGAUCGAACAUUCGCAAGAAAAUCGUUAAACAACUGAGGGUUAAACGUGCGACAAGCCUCUGGACGUGAAAUUCCGAUUUUGUGUCAAGUGAAAUUGACAGAAAAUUCUCGAGAAAUCCGAAAACUCGUAAAUUCCCUGUCAACAUGAGGAUUUUUACGGUAUGCAUUGUUGUUUGUUUAUUCGGCGUGCUGGGCAGUUGCGAGAACAGUUCCAGCGUUUUCGUGGCCACCAGCGAGUGGCAGACGGUGAAAAAAGGUCAACCAAUACCCAAAGGUCUCCACGUGAGGCACAAUUUCCAGACAGGGGCGACAGAGGCUAAAUUACUAGAAGAGGAUAACGAGACUCGAGAGAAUAUUGACGACAAGAAAAUGAAAUCAUUGUCUCUGCAUUCAGACGCAGUUCUCCAUGACGCAGCUAAUGAUCUUGUUUUAUCAAUUGAUGAGUUGAAGGAGAGACUGAAAAAGAUUAAAUUGGAGACUGGCGAUGGAGCUGAUUCGUUGGAGCACCAGGAAGGGAUCAAGAAGGCCUUCAGGAGUUACGAAGAGAUAAAAGAGGACUUCAAAGCCCUGGAGAUGAACAUAACGACUGAUUCAGAAAUUGUGACUAAUAUUUUAAGCAAAUUCAAGAGCUAUGAGAAGUCUCUGGCGUCAGGAACACUCCCGAAGUCUGAAGCUGAUGCAGUUCUCCAGAUUUUUAAUGAUCUGGAGUUUUUAUUACAUCAGGUCGAUAAUGCCCAGUUGUUUGCGGACUUAGGAGGCAUGGAAAAAAUAAUCUCCCCUUGUCUCAACAUAACGAACGACGACGUGAAGAUCGAGGCCCUGAUAAUCCUGGGCACAUCGGUUCAGUCGAACCCCAAAGUCCAGUUGCGAGCGAUGAACGCAGACCUAGUGCAGAAGCUCCUGCACACGCUGACAGUUGCCAGUCGAGUGUCCCUGCAGUCUCGCUGCAUGUUCGCCCUGGGGGCCCUGGUCCGUCAGUUCCCAGCGGCCCAGAAGGUCCUCAUAGACCACGGGGGCCUCGAGAUCUUCGGGAAAAUCCUCGAGGACGGAGACGUCCAGGUCCAGCUUCGAGUCAUGAAACUGAUCACUGAUCUUUCGAUAGAACGAGAGAACAUAAAAAAUACGGAGGACGAGGGCCUCAGGAUGAGGAAGAUCAGGGAGUACGAGAGGACUGAGUUCGAGAGGAAGUUGUUGCUGCAUAAUUACUGCAAAUAUCUGUCUAAUUUAAUCAUCAAGAAUUACAAGGAGGUCACGAUGAGCCACGAAUUUUUAGAGAUUGUCCUUGAGAACAUGAUCACGUUGAGUGGAACCUGCAGGGAGGUGUUCAGGGACCCUGAGAACUCUUUGUUCGACGCUGUCGAGGGGCUAGUGGGGGAUUAUGGGACGGUGGAGAGGGCAGCGAGAGCUGAUGAGCUGGAGAUUAGGGAGAAUCUGUCGAAGCAGAUACUGAGGCUGAGGUCUCUCGUGUUUGGAGAUGUUCACGAUGAAUUGUAAAUUGUUAGGAUGACUGAGGGAGUGAUGUUUUUAUGCUAAAUAAAUUUUGGAUUAAUUUAUA